UCUCGGUCCGGGAGACCGGCAAACGUAAACAAAUCUUUUUGGUGCAAAGUUGGCAACCAAAAACGUUUUCUAAUUGUGUUAAAAAUGCUAAUUAAAGUGUAAUUUACCCUCCUUCAUCUACUUGCACAUCUAUUUGCCGUAUCCAGCUGCGAAAGGGAACGUAAAACUGCUCCCCGCCAGAAUGCUGAUUCAUCCGCCCCUCGUCUCAUUCGCCAGAGCGUACGGUCGUGCGAGACAGAAAAGGAUGGCACGACGGUUGCAUAAAACAGCAUAAACGGGACGGGUGUGGAAAGGGCGCAGAGGGCAUUCUUUUGACAGCGAAUGUGCAAUUUCAACACACCACCAACAACAUAAAAACACGUCGCGGCCAAAGACGAAUCGCACACCGGCAGUGGCUGAGUGUGUGUGCGUGAGAGAGAGCGAGAGGGCAGCGGGAGUCAGGUUAAACAGGGCAGCAGGAGUGGGGUGGAUUGGUGUGGAGUCAAGGUGGAGCAGCGGCCUGAGAGACACAAUAGAACCUCCUCCCAAACGAACGCAUCAUCAUCAUUGUCAUCAUCCGUCUGCUGCCCGUGAACAUCGCGCGAGAGAAGCGAACGUGAAAACUUGUUCCUCUUUUGGCCUCUUAGCCGGAAGAAGGGGUGGUAUACGCUUUGGCCGCUCAAGAAGAGAUCGGAUCGUUCAGUCUUGAGAGGAACGCCGUCACGGACGGACGCAGAACUGGAGGGCCUUCUCCCGGUGCAGCUAACUACAUACGUGUCCCAUUAGUGUUCGUUCUGUCGAGAGCCGGACUGCCGGAUCGUCUAAGAAGUUACCAUAGAGACAGUGUUCGAUCGUGCCGCUGGUCCGAUAGUUUACAACGUCGUGAAUUUCCGCCCCGUUCGGAUGACAUAACCCCCGCAGCGCGUGUGUAUUUAUCAUUGGAAAGCUCCCCGGCCGGACCUCCCCCAAAACUGUAACUCUCCGUGAUUCAUCCUGAAAGGGGUUUAGCAUCCGGAAAUACCGGUGUGUUUGUGUGUUUUUGGCACCUUCAAUCCGUGUUUAAAUCCCGUUUCGGCCACACCGCGAGAUUCCUUUAGCGGUGGAUUAUAUAACGUGGCUAGCUCCCCGUGGUAAAGAAAUUAUCCCCCCCUCGGGAAAGGCGUAAAGGUGAGACGAGGCGCGCAUCGAAAAAUUGCGGCCGUAUUCCGGUUUCCGACAGUGACCUACAAAACAGCGGAGCAGUAUAACGGGGCUUCUUCGUGCGGAACACCAGCCAGCGCCAGCGUUAGUAGUGUGUGCCCGUGUGUGGAGUCUCUGGUUUUCCUUUUGUUUCGUAAAACACAACGCAAAGAGAGCGACGGAACAGGAGCAAGAGAAAGAGAAAGAAAGAGAGAGAGGCAGAGAGAAAGAGCCACAGGUGUUGGGACCAAGGUUUGAAGACCACGGACCAGUGUGUGCCAAGCAAGCAGCCGAGAAACACAGUUUAAAGCCACAGCAGGCGGCGAUCGAUUAAGGUUUUCGAGAAAAGGAAAGCACCGAGGCGAACGAGCAAGAAGAAAGUCCACAACCGCCGCCGCGAGGAGUUUGAAGACGUGAAAUCGAAUCGGUCGUGUAGAAGAAAAAGAAAGCUCGGACGCUGCGUGUCCCGCUUCUUGUGCGCCCGUUGUCUUUGAAGAGAAAGUUACCGAAUCGAUCAGUGUGCGGGGCAAAGAUGAGUAGCAGCAACAGCACCACCAGUGGCCAGUGGCCGGAGGAUGUUGGCAUUCUUGGGCUGGAGAUCGUCUUCCCGUCACAGUACGUCGACCAGACGGAGCUGGAAGCGUUCGAUGGUGUGUCGGCGGGCAAGUACACGAUCGGGCUGGGUCAGCAGCGCAUGGGCUUCUGCUCCGACCGGGAGGACAUCAACUCGCUGUGCCUUACCGCCGCACGCAACCUGCUCGAACGGCACUCCAUACCGUUGGACCGCAUCGGCCGUCUCGAGGUCGGCACGGAAACGAUCGUGGACAAGUCGAAGAGCGUCAAGUCGGUGCUGAUGCAGCUGUUCGAGCCGGAAGGGGUGACCGAUCUGGAGGGCAUCGAUACGACCAACGCCUGCUACGGUGGGACGGCGGCGCUGCUGAACGCAAUCAACUGGAUCGAAUCGUCCAGCUGGGACGGCCGGCUGGCGCUGGUCGUGUGCGGUGACAUUGCCGUGUACGCGCAGGGCUCUGCCCGGCCCACCGGUGGGGCCGGUGCGGUGGCCAUGCUGAUUGGGCCGAACGCGCCGCUCCGGUUCGAGCGGGGCCUGCGCGCCACGUACAUGAAGCACGCGUACGAUUUCUACAAACCCGAUCUCAGCUCGGAGUAUCCCGUGGUGGACGGGAAGCUUUCGAUCCAGUGCUACCUAAGUGCCCUUGACGCGUGCUACCAGCUGUACCGGAAGAAGUUCGCCCAGCGCCACCCGGACCUGGUGGCGCCCGUCACGCUCGACACGUUCGACGCGGUCAUCUUCCACAGCCCGUACUGCAAGCUGGUGCAGAAGUCGCUGGCCCGCAUCGGGCUGAACGAUUUCGUGCUGACGCCGGCCGACCAGCGCCCGGCGCUGUUCCCGGGCUUCGAGCAGUUCGCGAACGUGCGGCUGGAGGAUACGUACUUCGAUCGGGACGUGGAGAAAGCGUUCAUGGCGCAGUACGCGCCGGUGUUUGCGGCCAAGACGAAGCGCUCGCUGCACCUGGCCAGCCAGGUGGGCAACAUGUACACGCCGUCCGUGUACAGCUGCCUCGUGUCGCUGCUCGUCGGGUCGGACGUGGACGAGCUGCUCGGCAAGCGGGUGGGCGUGUUUUCGUACGGGUCCGGGUUGGCCUCGUCGAUGUACUCGAUCGCCGUCACGACCGAUCGGGAGCGGUUGGCGGAGUUUAAGCGCCACCUGAACUACGUGCAGCCGCUGCUGGACCGCCGCACCAAGGUGGAGCCGGCCGAGUUUACCCGCCUGAUGGAGGUGCGGGAAAAGAACAACCACGCGGCGCCGUACGAACCGUCCGGCUCGGUGGAGGUCCUGUUCCCGGGCACCUACUACCUGAAGGCGGUCGACUCGAUGCACCGGCGAACGUACGAGCGUGUCCCGCCGGAGCAGCCAUCCUCGUGAGCGCGAACCAUCCGGGUGCGGUCAAACCAUUACCACCACCCCAUGACUUACCCCCUCCCGAUUGGAAUGCUGGGAACGGGAUAUCACACGUAUAUGUGUGUGUGUGUGUGCGCGUGCGGUCCACACUCGUCGUUUUCAUUCGCAAUACGAAGACUGCUGCUGCUGCUGCUGCUUCAAAGAGUGUACUUUAUUUCAUUGUUCUAUUUAAGUUUAUUUUGUUUCUUCCCCCGGGGGACGAUCGCCGAGCGAUCCACAAUAUUAGACGGUUAAAGCUUUGUUAAUUCGAAUUUGAACCAGUUGGGCCAGUACCACCACCACAGUUUUGUACGCGCGGAGAGGUCUUUUUCUUUCGUUUUGUUUUAAUCGGAUCUAUAGGUAGGCAAAAGCAAAGAACGCAACACACUGUGGCGACGGCUCAUCUCUCAGGGUGUCCUCUGUACUCUGUAGCGUCCCGUUCCCUAUUAUAGCGUAUAUGUUUGUUCCGUUUUUUUUUUUUUACGCAAUGCAAAGUAUCAAGACUAAAAUGUAUGGUGAACUGUAAGACAAUAA